CAUCAAUCAACACAGCAACAUUGAACAGGACACCAUGACCGACCUCACCCCCACCUUGACGGAGCUGCUCCAGCAGCGGCAGAAUACUUCGAAGCUCUCCACGGGGUACAUGACCACCGAAAUAGCGGACGAAUUCCUGAAAGAAGCCUACAGAAUUAACACCCACAUAACAUCCCUCCUUACCUACCUCCAAACCAUCCGCCCAUCCUACCUCUCCCUCACCAAACCCAAAUCCACCACCACUACAACAACCACAUCCCCCUCCUCUCCCACCCCCAAAUCCGAAACCCUCACCGACUCCGACCGCGACUCCAUCACCGCCUCCACCUCCACCCUCCUCUCCAACCUCUCCACCUCCCUGCGCACCCUCUCCUCCGCCGAAUCCCUCCGCCAGGAAACCGUCUCCCGCACCCUAGACAAGAAAUUCAAGCGGAGCUUACUGGCCAAAUGGGCGGACGGGAAGUCCCUCACCACCACUGAUUCCAACACCGAAGGGAAAAGCGAAGAGGAAGUCCUGGCCCGAGAAACAGAACGGAUAUUGAAGUGCGUGAGGGAGAGUAUCCUCUGGUAUUUGAGUCGGAAGCUAGGCGAUGUGGUGAAUGUGCAGAGGGAUUUGGUGGAAAGGAGAGUGGAGAGGGUUAGGGAGAGGGAGAGGAGUGUUUUGUAUAAUUUGAAUUCGGGUUCGAAGGCGGGGAAGAUGGGUGUGGGGAUGGGAUUGGGUGUGGAUGGAAUGGAUGGGAUUGGGGUAGGGAUGGCUGCGAAGAUGGAUCAGGAUGAGGUUCGGGCUAUCGAGGCGGAAUUGACUCCGCAGCAAUUACAGCUCUUUGAGGAGGAGAAUGAGAAUAUGGUCAGGUAUUUUGAGGAUGUGGUGGGGAAGGUUCAGAACGCCGAAAAAUCCCUCCUUGAAAUCUCCUCUCUCCAACAAACUCUCGUGUCUCAUCUCGCGACCCAGGAGGAAUAUAUUGGGCAAUUGGUGACGGAUGCAAGUAAUACGAGGGGGAAUAUUGGGGAGGGAAAUAAGGAGUUGAAACGCGCGACGGAGAGACGGAGUGCUGCGCAAGCGGUGUUUUGGGGCACGGUGGGACUGUGUACGUGGUUAGUUGUGUGGGAUCUUGCUUUUUAGUUUCUUUCUUUGUCUAUAUAUAGGAUUGGGAGAAUUCGUGUUUCCUUCUUUCUCUGUUCAAUUAUGGAAGGGGGUUGUGGUUGAGUGAAAGUGAAGUGAAGUCAAGCCAGUCCAGUUCUUUUCUGUUCAUCUACUGGAGUUAUAUAGCAUGAUACCAAUACACAUAU